AUGUCUACUGCAAUCGACAUCCUCUCCACCCCCGUAACGCUACCAUGUGGGCUCGUAGUCCCAAACCGUAUCGUUAAGGGCCCCAUGGCCGAAAACCUCUCAUCCGGCACCUCCCACCACCCCAACGACCUCCUCAACACCGUCUACCGCAUCUGGGGUGAAGGCCAGUACGGCAUGCUCGUGACCGGCAACGUCCAAGUCGACCCGCGCUUCCUCGGCGGUCCCGGCGACGUCACCUUCUCGCCAUCGGACCUCAAGAACCCCGUCGCCCUCUCGGCAUGGAAGAUCUGGGCACACGCCAGCCAAGACUCGGGCACGCCCACCAUUGUGCAGCUGUGCCAUCCGGGGAGACAGAGCCCGUUCGGCGCCGGCACCAGUGGCUUCUUCACAAAGAAUCUUGCCCCGAGCGCGGUGGGGCUCGACAUGAAGGGCGGCUUCCUGACGAAGGUGGCCCAGGCGCUGCUGUUUGGAACGCCCAAGGAGAUGACGUUGAAGGAUAUUGAUGAGGUGGUGGAGAUGUUUGUGAAUGGUGCGAGAAUGUCGUACUUGGCGGGGUUUAAGGGUGUGCAGUUGCAUGCCGCACACGGAUAUCUGAUUACGCAGUUUCUGAGUCCUAAGAUCAACAGGCGUACCGAUGCCUACGGCGGCACCCCCGAAAACCGCCUCCGCUUCAUCCUCCGCAUCAUUGAAGAGACCCGACGCGCCACCAGCCCCGAGUUUUGCAUCGGCGUGAAGCUCAACUCCUCCGACUACCAAUCCAUGGGCAUCACCGACGAAGAGGUACUCGGUCAGGUCGCCGCGCUCGACGAGGCCGGCGUCGACUUUAUUGACAUUUCCGGCGGCACCUACGAAGACCCGCGCAUGGCGCAGGAGUCGAGCGACAAGCCCGUGCGCGAGUCGACAAAGCUGCGUGAGUCGUUCUUCCAGGAGUUCUCGGAGAAGGCGAGGAAGGCUGUCAAGAAUGGGUGCGUGAUCAUGGUCACGGGAGGGUUCAGAAGCCGUGUAGGUAUGGCGGCGGCGGUGACAGACGGCGCUUGCGAGCUUGUGGGCAUUGCGAGACCGGCGUGUUUGAUCCCCGAUGUGCCGAAGAGCGUGUGGUUGAACAAGGACCUGCCGGACGAGGAGGCGGUGGUGAAGGCUGUCAAGAUCAAGGGCGGGAAGUGGGUCUCCAAGCUUCCAAUCGUGGGAGUGGGGAUGCAGAGUCUGUGGCAUGGAAUGCAAAUCGGUAGAAUCGCGGUUGGGAAGAAGCCAGACUUGGAUUUGAAGAUGUUUUAG